UUUAGGGGUUUUGCCAUUUUUGGGGAAAAUGAAGCCGUGACACCCAAGGCUUUGCAAAAUAAAACCGCACUCAGUCUCACCAUCAAAACCAACACACUUUUCACCAUUUUUUUUUUGCUCUGCUUCAAUUCCCACGAAAUCAACAGCAAUGGCGCAACUCCCCACGGAUUUAGUCACAUCCAUUCUCACCCGAUUGCCUACAAAGUCUCUAAUUCGCUUCAAAUCCGUUUCCAAGGCUUGGAAUUCCUUAAUCAGCACCCCGGAUUUCGUCGGACUUCACCUCGCUCAUUCUCUCUCCUCUGACCACCGCCUUCUCAUCGUCAACUAUGGAGGUCACUUGGAAUCGACACCAUUGGUGUUUGGCUCGGAUUUCGGUGGUGCUGUUACUUCGAGGUUUGAUUUACCCACUUCUUUUUCUGGAUUCGAGGUUUCGAUUUGUGGGUGUUGUAAUGGAAUUGUAGCUUUGGUUUGUAGAAAUGUUGAUGACCCUCGAUUGUUUAAGUUUGUUUUGUGGAAUCCUUCAAGUAAUACCCAUUUUGUACUGCCUCCUAUUCCUGUUGAUUCUGAUUUGACUUCGGAAUUUAUGGGUGUUAGUUUUGGUUUUGGUUAUGAUUGUGGAAGUGAUGAUUAUAAGAUUGUGAGGAUUGUUGAAUAUUUUCACACUAGUGAUGGUGAUGGUGAUGGUGGUGGCGGUAAUGAUGUCGAUAUUGAUGGUGGCAGUGAUAUCGAUAUCGAUGUUGGUGGUGGUGGUGGUGAUGACGAUGAGGAUGGUAGUGAUGACGAUGAGGAUGAUGAUGUGUAUGGUAUUGGCGAUCCUUAUGGGAGUGACGACAGUAGUUAUGAUGGUGACGAAAGUGGUGGUUGUAGAAUGGGUUUCAUAUACAGGGAAGUCAUGGUUUAUAGCUUAAGAAAUAAUUGUUGGGAAAUGAUUCAUGUUGUAUAUUUUGGUGAUGAGAUGAAAUGGUUUUGUCCUGGAGCAGUGAUUAACAAAAGUAUAGUUCAUUGGAUUUUCUGGAAGUAUGGUAAGGGAGAACCACGGCUUCGAGGGCUUGAUCUCUCCUCCUACAAGUGGAAGAAAUUGGCCUUACCUGAUUUCAGGGGAAAGGAGAUGAUAAACAGUCCUGGUGAUGAUGAUGAUGAUGAUUCGUUGUCUAAGUCCGGAUUUGAAGCUAGUGCUAUCGUUGUUUUAGGUGUUUUGGAUGAAUGUUUGUGCAUUGUUACAAGAAUUUGCCCUGAGUUCGACAAUGCUUAUGUUUGGGUGAUGAAAGAGUAUGACAUGAAAGAGUCUUGGACUAAAUUGUUUAACCUUACAGAGGCUAGCAUAGUUGGACCAUUGUUGAGUCCUCCACUCCCUUGUUCCAAAGGAGGAGAUGAAGUUCUGUUGAGGAAACCAAACGAAGAUGGUGGCCUUUGCUGGUAUGACUUCAAAGGCAAAACUGUUAAGGCUCAACCUAAGAUUUCUAAUGGCCUCACCCUUCGUGAUGUCAACCUAUGUGUCGAAAGCCUUGUUCCUGUUAAUCUUGCAGUCUGAUAGUCAUGUUUUUUGUUUAGCUACUUGAUGAGUAGCUUAAUAGAUUAGCUGUUUAUAAUGCAUAGUCCCCUGCCCUGUUCGGUUGCCAAUGAUUUCAAGUGUCAAUUAUGUUUAAACCUUUUUCAUUGAGUCGUCUAUAGUUUUGUUAAGAACUCCUGGUUGAGAUGUUAUCAUAUACAAGUACUCCGUAUGAAGUUUUACUUUGUAAAGAGUUAUCUUUAUAUAUGAGCAUACUUAUAUGUUUACUGUCAAUGUAACGUUCCUUUCGGUAUGAAUACAGGUUAACAUGUCA